AUGCAACAAACAAUUCUUGCUGAUAAUUCUCUUACAGAAGAAGAAAAAACGGAAGCAAUAAAAUCAAAUAAUAAAAAUUAUGACCGAGCUAAAAUUAUUUAUAAUGAUGGGACAAGAAGAGUUUGUGAAAAUUGUAACCAAAAAUGUUUAGCUACAUUAUAUUGUGAAUUUUGUGUUCGAAAUUAUUUAAAAUCUAAUUUUUCAAAUUGGACUUCUGGAAAUAAUGUUAUUGAUAAUUUAAUAAUAAAUUGUCAAAUGGAAACACUUAGACCAGAUGUUAUUAUUGAAUGGAUCCCAUUUAAUAAUUUAGAAAAUAUUAAAUAUCUGACAAAAGGUGGAUUCUCAGAGAUUUAUACAGCAGAUUGGAUUAAUGGUGGAUAUGAAGAAUGGGAUUCUAAAGAGCGACAAUUAAUAAGACAUGGAACUCUUGCUAUAAUACUUAAAGAAUUAAAAAAU